GGCCGGAUGCGGACGGGCGGCCGCCGAGAGGGGCUCGGGGCCGCCCUGGGGCCCUGCGAGCGGGACUCAGCGGGCCGGGCCGUGGGGGGCGACGGCGGAAGGGGCCGGGUGGCCGCGUUGACAGGGGUCUGAGGGUGCGUUUGGCCUGGGCCGUGCGGUCACCCGGGACCCCGACCCCGGAAACGGGCGCUCCGAGCUCCGCGGGCCCCACGGGAAGGGCUGCAGCACCUCCACGUCCUUCCCGCCCCCGGUAUGGACCGGUGCCCAUUGUCAGCAAGUUAUGCGUCCCCCGCCUCUUUCAGGUGAGAAAACCAUGAGUCCAGUGAGGUUACGUGACCAGCCCAAGUUCGUACAAGUUUAGUGAAAGGGAAACCAAAGAUUUUUACCAGAUUCUCAUACUGAUGAGAGAACCAUUCUGGUAACCAGACUGCAGCUCCAAGGUGUCAGUAGUAAUCCCAGUAGUGUCCCUUCACCGAAACGGACAUGCAUCCCCUCAUCCUGUGUGGUGCAGGCCUCCACAGCCAGCUGUAUGACCUCGGAACUAAGAAUACCCUGUAAAUAUUCAGAAAGAUGUUUAAUCGAAAAAAUAUAUACUCACUGAGGCCUCACUCUGCCUCUCAAAUGGAAUGGAAACAGACUGUAAUCCCAUGGAGCUAAGUAGCAUGUCAGGAUUUGAAGAAGAUGCGCAGCUUAAUGGUUUUGAAGAAGCUGAUAUGAAAGAUAUGAAGCUAGAAGCUGAAGCAGUUGUCAACGAUGUUCUCUUUGCUGUUAACAACAUGUUUGUCUCAAAAAACUUGCGCUGUGCAGAUGAUGUGGCCUAUAUCAAUGUGGAAACAAGAGAGAGGAACAGAUACUGCCUGGAGCUGACUGAAGCAGGGCUCAGGGUGGUAGGUUAUGCUUUUGACCAAGUGGACGAUCACUUACACACCCCCUAUCAUGAAACAGUCUACUCUUUGCUGGAUACCCUCAGCCCUGCCUACCGGGAAGCAUUUGGAAACGCACUCCUUCAAAGACUGGAAGCUUUGAAAAGGGAUGGACAGUCAUGACUAAGCUUUUUCCUUCUAGAGGGGGCUGCUGCUGGUACAAAAUGUUGACAUAAAGCUUGAAAUUCUUACAUACUGUCAUAGUGGAAAACGUAUCUUUGGUUUUAGGUCUAUCAUUUCUUGCUUCAAAUUUAGGCUUUUGACUCAUAUUAUUAUUGACUAAUGGAUUCUCUUUCUUAGUUUUGGAUUCAUUAAGGGAAUCCUGAGGCCAUUGCUGUGACACCAUCAUUAAGACCUUCAAAUUUCUUCAUAUAGUAUCUCUGCGUUUCAAAACCUAAUCAGUAUUUCAUUCUGUUGUUUCAGGAUUUCAAUGCUGCCAGCACUGUCUUUUACAUAGGAAAUUCUAGGUUUGCACAGUAAUAGACAGGAAUUAAAAUGACCUAACUUCAGACUUUGAUUCAGCUUGCUGAAUCGGGGGUCUGCUACUAGCUUGGACUGACUUUGUAGUAAUUAUUUUGCUACUAGCCUUAUCGGAAACAAAUUAUCAACUAGUUUCCCCUGCACAAAUUUUGGAAUUCACUGCUUCACCUAAUCUAUUUAUAUUACUAAUAUGGACUGAUAAAGAGGAAUUAAUUAUAUAUAUUACUUCGCUAGUAUUAAAUGGAAAACAGGUACUGAAAUGAUAGUUCUGUAUUCCUUGUUUGCAACAGCCAGCCAACUAAGAGGACAAACCGUUAGCAAAUGAAUGUAGUAAUCACUUGUUUCCAAGAUAUUGAAGCACAUAAGCAAAUAUAGGAACAGGCUCCAUUUUUCUUAACAAAAAAACAUCUUCAGUGUGUGUGUGAUUGAAAAGGAUGAAGAUUCUGAUGUCCUAGAAGACAAUAUUUUGGCCUGUGUUGAUUCUUAUUAUGAAUGUUUGUUUACAUAAUGUACAGUAUAUAUUCAGAAAGUAUUUUUGCUUCUACGUUUGCUUUCUCUAAUGCAGUGCUCUGGUAUUCCCGCAGCUCCCCCCACCCCCCGCCCUUUCCCAACAGAUGCACAGUGUGCCGUCUCCAUGCUAAAUCUGAAUGUAAUGUGAGUGCAUCGUGUGGGUUUGAAACCAAAGGAUGAGUGGAACAUUCAGAAGCUUAAUAUUUAAAAGAGGGAGACUCGGUUUUUAUAUUUGAUUACAGGUACUAAUAUUUAUAAAAAAUAAACUGUGCCAUGCUGCUACGUGGUUUCAAGUACACGUGGGAUACGAAGGAUCGGGGAGUCGACUUUUUAGUAGCAAUCUAAAGCAGCAGCUGUGGAAAUGUUGAACUACAUUCUGCAUCUGGACGCACCUUCGUAAUUUGUCAUCUGCGGACCUUUUUGAAUCAUGAUUAGGCAAUAGGUACCUUUAGGCUCUGAAGGUCAUGUAGACCAGAUUGAAGUUUGGUUUGUAUCAGUAUUCGUUGUCAAAGGUCACCGCAAGGCUCUAACUAUGUUUGCUAAAUGCGUGUUCAUUCACAACUUUAUUUUCAGAUGCUAACUGUUUGGGCAGUGAAGUCCAACUGCAGGUCGGAUUUUCUCACGCUUACUCUCAGGCUAAAUAAAUGUAAAGGAGAUUUGUAAAGUUUGAAUAAAAUUCUGUUUACUCAUUCUGA